AUGUCGGGUGCUGCUUCCACCAACCCCGCGCUCAGCUUCGGUCCCGCCGGUCCGUCGACCAUGCCAGCCUCCAACUUCCAAUCGCCCGCAGACCCAUCAUCGAGCGCGGCUGGCUACACUACCAGCACCGUCGGGGGCUUUCCUGCCAGCUUUGGUCGUGUCAAGCCAGAGAACUCCACCUAUGGGUACGACGAGCAGGCCCCUCGAUCGCAACAGCACGGCAACUACACUCACGAACUCGGCGGCGCUGGUACGCUCGCUCAGACUCAGGCUCUUGGCGCUUUCAACUCUUCCGCCUCCCCACACUAUGCUGGCCAGGCCCAGUUCGGAGGACACGUCAGGCAUCAGUCGCUCAACACGGGGGUGAGCCAGCUCGGCCUCGGCGGCUCGAGCGGUGCCUACUCCUUUGGCGAUGUCAACGCCAAUCAGUACAGCAACUACAACCUCGUGACCGCCCAAAAGUCACCGUUGGGGCGUUCGACGGGUCUGGCUUCUGACACUUCGCCGACACGAACCCGCUACGCCUCCGCCGGCUAUAACGACCCACGCACCGCUGACGCUCGUUCGCCCAUGCGUCCCAUUGGUCUCGGUGUCACGGUCACCCCAGGAACCGGCAGCGAUGAGCUCCCCAAAGUCGAAGGCGGCUCUCCCAGAUCGCUCAAGCGCUCCGCCGAUCCUAUGGAAGAUCUUCGCAGCUCCGCCGAGCACUCGCAGCUUCGUCGCCCCGCCUCCUUCCCAGUGCUCGGCACUAACCAAGGCAACGUGUACGGCCGCCCCAUGGGUCAAGAUGCUCGAACCUCGCAGACCGUCGGUCGCCGAACGGGUCGUGGCGGAAUGACCAUCCCAGGCCAGAUCACUCCGGGUCGAUCCAAUGUCUUGCUCCCAGCUCUCGGUGUCGGCUUUUACGACGAGGAGGCUCGCCGAGAGUCGUUUGGGUCCAACCCUGCUAUGCAGUCGCCCAUGGCUCACUACGGCGCUUCUGCCUCGUCGGAUGAGCUGGGUCUGAGCGGCACCGGCCUCCCUCAGCUCAUGCGAGCGACGCAGAUCCCGGGGUCGCUCACACCGACUCCCAUCAUGCCUCACGACCCCAUGUACAGCCCACCCGGCGGAAGCAGUGGCGGUGCGCCGCGUGCUAAGCUCGAGCUGCACGGCAACCUCAACGACAUGGCGGUCGGCUGGUCGCACGAUGAGUGGCGCAGCGGGCGUCGACUGGUUCAGUUCUGGCGACGUCAGGAGGGCACCACCAUCCACGCCACCUUCCGCCCCAUCCUCCCCUCGCAGUACGUGCCCAACAGCAUCGUCGUCUCGUGCAUCUUCCGCGAGGACAAGAACGAGUGCUUUGUGACCUCGGUCGACACGAUCUACCUGCUCGAGGCGCUCGUCGCCAGCCGUUUCACGGUGGAGGAGAAGAACCGCAUUCGUCGCAACCUCGAAGGCUUCCGUCCCAUCACGGUGAGCAAGAACAAGCGCGAGUGCGAGCGCUUCUUCAAGCUCAUCAUGAGCUUCCCCAACCCCAAACCGAGGAACAUCGAGAAGGACGUCAAGGUGUUCCCGUGGAAGGUGCUUGCUUCGGCACUGUGCAAGAUCAUUGGCAAGUACAGCGCGUCGUACGAGGGAGGACCGCCUGUGCUGGGCGACCUUGGGUCUGAGACGCCAUUCCAGGGCACCAUGUCGGCGCCGCUGCCGUCGGUGGAUCUGUCGGGAGGGCACUACCGGGAUGCUUCGAGCUAUCCGGGCGCUUCGCCUUCGAUCAAGGACGGACGCUUGCCUGACUCGUCGUUUGACUACGACCGCUCGGGCGGCGCCACGGGUCUCUACGGGGUCCCGAACCCAGGGAUGCAUCACUCGGCUUCGUAUAGCGGCAACACGUGGAACGUGGGCGGUCAGGGUAUGGCCUUCAGUGCGCCCGGUGCCACUGGUGGUUACGCUGCAGGUGGCAAUGUACCCUUUGCCGCCGGUCACAGUCACACGCACAGCGCUAGCAGCUACGACGGCUUUGGCGGCGCCAACUUGCCAACCGCUUCGGACAGCAACACCAACCUGUACGCGCAGACGGCGGAAGGCUACCCAGCCGGUGCUGCUGCAACCCCCAGCCAGGGACCACAGGGCACGAGCACCCUCGCCGCCGCCGCUGGCGACUACUACCCUGAUCGCCGCCAGUAG